ACUUCCUUCUUUUCCAAAAAACCUUCCAAAGGUUGAGUUGUAUUUUCGUUGCGCUCCGCAAGAAAAUUAGUUAAAUUCGUUGAAAAUGAGUGAGACUCUGCAAUUGCGCGGUACCCUUGUUGGACACACCGGCUGGGUUACACAAAUCGCCACCAACCCAAAGAAUCCCGAUACCAUUAUCUCUGCUUCUCGUGACAAGACGCUUAUCGUAUGGAAAUUGACACGCGAUGAAGACACCAACUACGGUUUCCCACAAAAGCGUUUGUACGGCCAUUCACACUUCGUGAGCGAUGUUGUGCGUUCAUCUGAUGGUAACUACGCUCUGUCUCGCUCGUGGGACAAGACUUUGCGCUUGUGGGAUUUGGCUGCUGGCAAGACUACUCGUCGUUUUGAAGAUCACACCAAGGUGGGGCGAAAUGUCGCAAUUUUAUGUCCAAUCAUUUGUGUAGCGUAGAUUAGUUGAUAAGGCUUUGUUUGCUUUGAAAACAUGAAUAAUGCUCAUAAG